AUGCAACUCGUCUGUACUAAUCAUAUCAAUAGCGAUCUCUGUACACGGAAUAAGAAAGUUUUUACCCACGAACAUGAGUUAUUCACUGCUGCAUUGUUACGAAAACAUGAAAGAUAUGGUGACGAUAACCCCGGUGCUGUUGAUCAAAGUGGUUUUAAGGGGCAUCCGGAAUGCGGAUUUUGUCGUCAACGCUUCUACGGAGACGACGAGCUCUACGCACAUUGCAGAGACAAACAUGAGAGAUGCCACCUCUGUGAUCGGAGGUCCGGAGGCAGCAACCCGCAAUACUAUGUUGAUUAUGAUGCGCUAGAGAAACACUUCGGCAAGGAUCACUUCCUGUGCCUUGAUAAAGAAUGCUUGGAUAAGAAGUUUGUUGUUUUUGACUCGCAAAUGGACCUCAAAGCACACCAACUUGAAGCUCAUCCCUCUGGAUUAUCAAAAGAUGCAAGGAGAGAUGCCAGGCUGGUGGACAUGUCAACGUUUGAUUAUAGAUCUCCUUACCAACCAACCCGCCAGCGUCGUGACGGCCGUGACGGUAGGGGAGCUGGCAGAGGCCGCGACCCUAAUUCUGAACCACUUCCGCAAUCCAGCGCCCAGCCAUUACGGAGAGACGAACUUGCUUACCAGCGCCAGAUGGCUAUUCAAAGUUCCCAGUCAGUUUCUACAAGAACAUUUGGUGGGCAACUUACUUCUUCGCGACCUACAGCAACUUCAUCUGCUCCAACUACCCAGAGGUCUACUCCCGCAGCUACUCCCGCAGCGAGAGCAACACAAAAUUCAGGGCUGCCUUCUAUAGAAGCGCUUGAUCUUGGGCAGCCGACAGCCCCAGUAACACCGCAGGACCAUGCUAGACAGGCAGCACACUCAGCUGUUAUGGACCGCGCAUGCUCCCUUCUCCAAAAUGACCAACGAAAAAUUAGCGAUUUCCGAGGGAAGGUCUCACAAUACCGAAGCAACGCUAUUGGAGCCAACGAGCUCAUAGAAGCGUUCUUUUCGCUCUUCGAUACGUCUUCGGCAGAAUUGGGGAAGCUAAUAAAGGAGCUUGCUCAUAUCUAUGAAGACGAGAAUAAACGUACGGGCCUUCUAAAAGCAUGUAAUGACUGGCGUGCAAUCAAUGAAGACUAUCCGGCACUUCCAGGACCUAGUGGAACAACCCCUUACACUGGAACUGCCAGCGGAUUUGGCUCGGGCAAAAGAGUAUUACGUUUAAAAUCAUCUACAACGCAGUCCUCCAGAUCAGCCUCCGGCCAGAACUCCAGACUUUCUGGAAUACUUCCUUCUAACGCCGCUUCUAACCCAUUUCCUCCACUUUCUAGCAAUACUACCAGUCGCAAAGCCCCUCAAGGAGGCAAUGCAUGGGGCACAACGCCUGCCAUAUCUUCUGGCCCAAGCAGCUCUGGCUCUAGACCGUCAGCCCCUGCUUCACGGCCAAAAGUUGCUGGCGAUUCUAAUGCCUUCCCUGCCCUUCCAGCAGCUCCUAAGCCGAAUACCCUUAUGGCCGGUCUUACUCGUGGAACUGUGAGAUGGGAUGAUCGAAAUGCCGCAAGUGCUAGGCCUUCUGCUUGGGGCUUAUCAAGUGACCCAACACCUGCAGAAUCAGAUUUGUCCGCUUCUCAAGAUAAGAAAGGGAAGGGCAAAAAAGGGAAACAAGUUCUCUAUCAUUUUGGCUAA